AUGCCUCGGCCAGCGAUCGGCAUCUUUGAGGGCUGGGACGCCGACCUCUACGAGGGCCCCCUCGGCUUCCUCGGGCCUCCCGAGGACGAGGGCUUCCAUGGGGACGUCGCCGCGGCCUUCCGCGCGCCGGCGGGCUCUGCGGAGGUCCGCGGGGCUCCGUCCAAGGCGGCGGAGCUGCUGAGGCGGGCGUCUCUUGCUGCCCAGAUGGAGCAGGAACGCGACGCUGCGCAGGACAUGCUCUUCGCAGCGCUUCCUGCCGAGGGUGCGGGCGACUCCAGCAUGGACCCCGCAGGAGAAGUCGCCUUCGCACCUGUGCAGCCCCACGCGAUGCUGGCUGACGAGCCCAUGCCGUGGGCGGCCGGCAGCCACGGGGCGCUCGGCUCCACGAAGCUGCCCGGCGGCAGCGACGCCGACGUGCGGGAGCUGACGGCGCAGGCGCCCAAGACGCUCAGACGUGCGCUGUCCUUCCGCGCCUCGAUGCGGGGCGGCCUCGUAGCGAUGCCCGUGGUGCGGUCUGGCCCGGGCGGCGCGUUCCGCGUGCAGCUGCUGCGGCUGGACCCCUGCGGCCUCUACGGGUCGACGGCAGAGGAGCCCGAGGAGGUUGAAAUUGCAGCCGCAGUGCGCAGCGGCGUGGAGCUUCUGGAGGCGCAGGUCCAGGCCCAGGGCGUCGCCGCAUCGUCAUGGUCUGGAGAUGCCGCCGUGCCUCGGCUUCUCGUUCCUGGGUGCUUCGACGCGAAGGUGCUGCUGGAGAAGUACCUGGACCUCGGAGCAGGAGCUCUGGGAGAGCAUGCCCACGACGCCUUCACGCUCGUCGCGGCCCUUUCCAUCACUGGCGAGCACGGCGCCCAGAGGUCGAUGCUCACGUGGCCAAACGAGGAGCAUUCCGAGGUGCGGCAGGCGGUGCGGCAGUUCAGCAUGUGGCUCUCCCGCACGAAUUAUCGGAAGGUCAGAGCCCACCUCGAGGACUGCUCGAGCCGUCGCGGCUUCUCCAGGGUCUUGGAGCUCGGGCCAGGGGCCGGUCUGGCCGCGGCUGACGCCUCGCUGGACGCCGUGUACCACCACCUGGCCGCGAACUCCGUCCAGGGUGCGUUGCAAGAGCUGCGCAGGGCGGGCGGCGGCUCUUCGGCGGCUUCGCGCGGCCACUUCGACCGCCUGGCCGCGGUCCUGUCGUCGUGCGGCGGCAGCAGCGCGCCCUGCUUGGCACGGCGCUGCUGGCUGCGGAAGCAGCUCGAGGAGUGGCGGGAGCAGGGGGUGAACAAGUUGAUGGGGCCUGCCCUGUGGCGGAUCUACAGCCUGCUCGCUGGCGAUAUCGACGAUGUGGUGGCCGAGUCCCUCGACUGGCGCGCCGGUUUCGGCAUGUUCUUCUGGUACGGCUCGCCCGUUUCGGCCGGUGGCGAGCGCGAGCUCCGCAAGCACGCGGAGUUCCGGAAGAGCGUCUGCGAUUUUGAGAAGUGUGCCGCACGGCAUGGGCGCAGCUGCAGUUUCUGGCCCGCUCCGCCACGUUCUGGCAGCAGCGGCGCCCACGACCUGUGCUUCGGCAUCAUCCGUGCCGCGGUAGGUCUGGCGGACUGGACGGACUGCGCGCUGUACGACUACACCACGUGCUCGGCGCGGCCCUUGGACGUCGCGUGCUCGUGGCACUGUGCGUUGUUGCUUUUUACCUUCUGCGGUGGGGAGACAGGCUGCGAGAGUUUCCAGCUUCUUACCCAGCAGUACUGCCUCCUCCUCGAGAUGGCUGGGCUCUGGGAGUGGGCCGUGUACGUGGCUCUCUUCGUCUGGGAUGUGCGCGCCCGCAGCAUCAUCAUCCGGAGGCUGCUGCAGCGCCGCGCGCAGGCGGCGAGCCUGGAGGACCUGCAGCCGGUGCUGCAGCCGCAGUGGGCCGGCGUGCCGGUCGCCUGGCUCUGGCAGGCCCAGGCGCUGCGGAGCCAGGCGGCCGAGGACUGGCCGAGCGCGGUGGCCUGCUGGUUGCAGAGCGGGGGCGACGGCGGCAAGCGCGCGGCGAUCGCUGCGGUCGGCUUCCUGCAGGGCCCGGUGCUCCUCGGUCACGCCGUUGCUUCCGCGGAGCGGGACCUCGUGGCGGCGGUGUCCCUGGCCCCGAUGACUCCGCCCGCGCUGUGGCUGCUCUCCGUGCUCGAGGAGCUGGAGACGACCUUUCGGAGCUGGCCUUCAGAGGUUUGGUCCGAGACGGGGCAUGACGCUCUUCGCCUUAUGCGACGCUGGAAGGAGCACGAUGUGGCUAUGCCUCAUUUUCGGCCCUCAAACAUUGUGGAGUUCUACAGCAAGUGCAACAUGCUGCAGAGGCAUUUGCUUGGAGCUCCGUGGCAGCGAUGA